AUGUCCAGCACGAUCCCCCUGUCCGCGCCUGUCCAAUCCUCUAGCCAUGGCCAAAACUGCUCAUCACAGACCAACGGUGGCGACGACGUGCCCUCGUUCGCCAUCAAGGCUGGUCUUGCGCAAAUGCUCAAGGGCGGCGUGAUCAUGGACGUCAUCAACGCAGAACAGGCGCGCAUCGCCGAAGAGGCCGGCGCCUGCGCCGUCAUGGCCCUCGAGCGCGUGCCCGCCGACAUCCGCGCACAGGGCGGCGUGGCGAGGAUGAGCGACCCGGCGCUCAUCAAGGAGAUUCAAGCCGCGGUGACCAUCCCCGUCAUGGCCAAGGCGCGCAUCGGACACUUUGUCGAGUGCCAGAUCCUCGAGAGCCUGGGCGUCGACUACAUCGACGAAAGCGAGGUGCUGACGCCCGCGGACGACACGUUCCACGUGGAAAAAUCGCCGUUCCGUGUGCCGUUUGUGUGCGGGUGCCGCAACCUCGGCGAGGCGCUGCGCCGGAUCGCCGAGGGCGCCGCAAUGAUCCGCACAAAGGGCGAGGCCGGCACGGGCGACGUCGUCGAGGCGGUCAAACACAUGCGCGCCGUGAAGCGGGACAUUGCGCGUGCGCAGGCCGUGCUCGCGGACGGGGGCGAGCUCGGCCUCCGCGCGCUGGCGCGGGAGAUGGAAGUCGACGCCGCGCUGCUGAGGCAGACGGCCGAGCUGGGCCGGUUGCCGGUCGUGAACUUUGCGGCCGGCGGCAUCGCCACGCCCGCCGACGCGGCGCUGAUGAUGCAGCUCGGCUGUGAUGGCGUCUUUGUCGGGUCGGGCAUCUUCAAGUCCGGCAAUGCCGCCAUGCGGGCCAGGGCCAUCGUGCAGGCGACGACGCAUUUCCGCGAUGCCAAGGUCUUGGCUGAGUGUUCGACCGGGUUGGGCGAGGCCAUGGUCGGCAUCAGCGUCGGGAGUAUGGGUGAGAAGGAGAAGAUGGCGGGCCGGGGAUGGUAA